AAUGACUUUGUUUCAUUUUUGAUGAGAGGUUAUGCGAUAGCUAGGAUAGCCUUAUCUGGUAUUAAACACCUACGCGCUGUGGUAUAAUUGUUUCUUUGUAACAACUGGUAUAAAUAACCAAAAAUAUAUUCAUAUCGCAUAAUUUUCUUUCACAACUUUUUGGGCAGUCAUUUUUUGAGAAAAUAAGAUCGAAAUUAGGAUAAAGUAUUUGUGAGUGAAUUAGUGACUGAAUUGAGUGAUUUUCAGAAAACUCACGUAACCACUUACGUAAUAUCCUCAAUUAAUCAGCCUAACAUUAGGGGUGAAAAAUUAUUAAGAGUAAAUACUUCUUAACCGCAUUAAGUUUGCUCAUUGUCAUAUAAAGCGUCUCAUUACCUGUAUUAACUUCAACUUCAGCCGAACAAUUUGACAAAUAUCCUCCUAUUUUUGUCAUAACUCCGGAGACAAUUCCGAACCAACCAAGAUUGCUUAACCAACCAUUAUUCCAAUUUCACGCUUACUCAUUGAAAAAAAACGCCAGAAUUAGAUUUUUCAAAAAUAUCCCAUAAAUACAAGAUCAAAUCAACAAAAUGAUUCGUUUUAUUUCGAAUCUUCUAUUUAAAUUGGGAUUUUUGUCGCUAAUUGGGUUUUCCGUCGGAAAUCGACAAGUCCAAGCUUCUCCCAGCUCAAUUUCGACACCGGAUUUUUACGCCGGCCAGUAUUUAGCAAAUAGGUUAGCCGAAAAAUAUGGCACGGCUGAAAAACCGGAAGGAGAAGAAGCGGCGGAAACAAGGGAGGGUGCUGAGAACAGGUUGAGAAGAAGUUCCGGUCGACUCGUGGGCUUGCCUUUGUGGGGCUGGGGUGAGCCGAGCCAGUUUUGGAGGCAAAUCGGACGAAAGGGUGCUAUUGGAAAGACAUUCUCUACUGCAGCGGCAUGGUCCAGAAAAAAAGCGAAUAAUUCCACAGUUGCAGAAUAUCAUCCACUCAAGAUCAUCAAGUCGGCUUUUAAACUGAACCAGGAAGAUAAAUAUUUGCAGUUGAGAAGCAGCUAUCGAACCUGUUUGCUCAUCUAAUUGUUGAUUCUCAAUUGAUGCAACCAAAAAUCAGCCAAGUUAUCAAUUGGGAUCAAUUUCUUUAAAAUGAACGAAAAAAAUGAAAGACACCACAAUCUUUAAUUCAGCAUUGCCUCCUCAUGAUUUUUAACAUUGCUGUAUUGAGCUUGAGUCAUACCAUAUAUGU